UAUUUGUCGACUGGGACCAGUUUCUCUGCGCUUCAUUUUGAUUUUCUGAUGGGCGUGUCAACAAUAGCGAAAAUCAUACAAGAAACAUGCGAAGCGAUAUGGACACAUUUACAACCCAUAGAAAUGGCUGCUCCAACAGAAGAAGAUUGGCUAGGAAUAUCAGAAGGAUUUUACACUAAUUCUCAAUUCCCGAACUGUGUUGGUGCCGUAGACGGGAAACAUAUUAGAUUACAAUGUCCCCCGAAUAGCGGUACUUUAUAUCAUAAUUACAAACAUUUUUUUUCUUUAAUACUCAUGGCUAUUUGUGAUGCGAAUUACUGCUUCAGAGUUAUAGAUGUUGGGUCAUAUGGAAAAGAAAGCGAUUGCAACAUUUUCAAAAAAUCCAUAUUCGGUAAAAAAUUAUAUAAUAAUAAAGUUAACUUUCCACAACCUCGUUGUUUGCCAGGAGAUGAACAAGGCAUACCUCAACCGUUUAUUGUGGUUGGAGAUGAAGCAUUCGCUUUACAUACUAAUCUUUUACGGCCUUUCCCCGGAAAAAGUCUGAACGAUAAAAGGCGUAUAUUCAAUUACCGCCUAUCGAGAGCAAGACAAAAUAUCGAAUGUUCAUUCGGUAUACUUUCUAAUAAAUGGAGAGUAUUUCAUACCACUUUAUUAGUUGAACCGAAUUUCGCGUUUGCAAUCACAAAAGCGGCUUGUGUUUUGCACAAUUUUGUCAGACGAAGAGAUGGGUACAACUCUGAGGAUGCUCAGAUUUGUAACAUGGAAAAUAUAACACGAAGAAAUGGAGUAGGCAAUUCCACAUCGAAUGCAAAAGACGUGAGAGAAUAUUUUGUUAAUUAUUUCAACAACCCGGCUCAUGAACUAAGUUGGCAAAAAAGAGUGAUAUGA